AGCCUCUGAGGAACUUGGUGGGUCUCGGGCUGGGAAGCUGGUGAUGCUUUUUGAACCCAUGGCGCGGCCAGAAGGGAAGAGUUCGUCGGCACUUGGAGGCUCUCCGGGGUUCGCGCUUUCCUCACGACUCUGGACGGAGCCCCUCUGGCGGGCUCAAUUUCAGUCCAUGAAAUUGGGACACCAGACGUUCUUGCCAAGCCUCGCCUCUCUCCUCAGCAUUGUUUGAGGGACUGUUCUCUGAAAAUGGAGUCCAAGCUACUCUGCCAGCCUCAAAAGUAAUUUGCAAAUGGUGGUGUUAGUUUUUUCGUCUUAUUGUGGUGCUGGGGACGGCCCUGCCAUUGAGUAACAUCCCUAGUCCCAAAAUGGUGAUGUGGAAAUAUAUAAGGAACCAACUGGAGUGGAAAACUUGUGAGGUUCUCUAAUGAUCUUGCUUCACCAUGGCUACAAAUAUGGAGGGGCUGGUUCAGCACAGAGUGGGGACCCAGCAGGUGGCUGAGGUACCCAGGUGACCACUCAGCACGUUGAUCCUCGCCUUUGGUACCACGUACACAGACCUCUUGGCCGGAAUCUCCAGGGAUGACCAGCCCCUCCCCGCGCAUCCAGAUAAUUUCCACCGACUCUGCGGUAGCCUCACCUCAGCGCAUUCAGAUUGUAACAGACCAGCAGACAGGACAAAAGAUCCAGAUAGUCACCGCAGUGGAUGCCUCUGGAUCCUCUAAACAGCAGUUCAUCCUAACCAGCCCAGAUGGAGCUGGAACUGGGAAGGUGAUCCUGGCUUCUCCGGAAACAUCCAGUGCCAAGCAGCUCAUAUUCACCACCUCGGACAACCUUGUCCCUGGCAGGAUCCAGAUCGUCACGGAUUCUGCUUCUGUGGAGCGUUUGCUGGGGAAGGCAGACGUCCAGCGGCCCCAGGUGGUGGAGUACUGUGUGGUCUGUGGCGACAAAGCCUCUGGUAUGUGACUCCGGCUUCUGGCACGUAUCAAGGAGCAACAUGACCUUUUAUAGGGCCGGCACUAUGGGGCUGUCAGUUGUGAAGGUUGCAAAGGUUUCUUCAAAAGGAGCGUGAGGAAGAAUCUGACCUACAGCUGUCGGAGCAGCCAAGACUGCAUCAUCAACAAGCACCACCGUAACCGCUGCCAGUUCUGCCGGCUGAAGAAGUGCCUGGAGAUGGGCAUGAAAAUGGAGUCUGUACAGAGUGAACGGAAGCCCUUUGAUGUGCAACGGGAGAAACCAAGCAAUUGUGCUGCUUCCACUGAGAAGAUCUAUAUCCGGAAAGACCUGAGAAGUCCUCUGAUAGCCACUCCCACAUUUGUGGCAGACAAAGAUGGAGCAAGACAAACAGGUCUUCUUGAUCCAGGGAUGCUUGUGAACAUCCAACAGCCUUUGAUACGUGAGGAUGGUACAGUUCUCCUGGCCGCGGAUUCCAAGGCUGAAACAAGCCAAGGAGCUCUAGGUACACUGGCAAAUGUAGUGACCUCUUUGGCCAACCUGAGUGAAUCUUUGAACAACGGUGAUGCUUCAGAAAUGCAGCCAGAGGACCAGUCUGCAAGUGAGAUUACUCGGGCAUUUGACACCUUAGCGAAAGCACUUAAUACCACAGAUAGUGCUUCACCUCCAAGCCUGGCAGAUGGGAUAGAUGCUAGUGGAGGAGGGAGUAUCCAUGUCAUCAGCAGAGAUCAGUCAACACCCAUCAUUGAAGUUGAAGGCCCUCUCCUUUCAGACACACAUGUCACAUUCAAGCUUACAAUGCCCAGUCCUAUGCCAGAGUACCUCAAUGUACAUUACAUCUGUGAGUCUGCAUCCCGCCUGCUUUUCCUCUCCAUGCACUGGGCAAGGUCAAUCCCAGCCUUCCAGGCACUUGGACAGGACUGUAAUACCAGCCUGGUGAGGGCCUGCUGGAAUGAGCUCUUCACUCUUGGCCUGGCCCAGUGUGCCCAGGUCAUGAGUCUCUCCACCAUCCUGGCAGCCAUUGUCAACCACCUACAGAACAGCAUCCAGGAAGAUAAGCUUUCUGGUGACCGGAUAAAGCAAGUGAUGGAGCACAUCUGGAAGCUGCAGGAGUUCUGUAACAGCAUGGCGAAACUGGAUAUAGACGGCUAUGAGUACGCAUACCUUAAAGCUAUAGUUCUCUUUAGUCCCGAUCAUCCAGGUUUGACAGGCACAAGCCAGAUUGAGAAAUUUCAGGAGAAGGCACAGAUGGAAUUACAGGACUAUGUGCAGAAAACCUACUCUGAAGAUACUUACAGAUUGGCCAGGAUUCUUGUCCGCCUACCAGCACUCAGGCUCAUGAGCUCCAACAUAACAGAAGAACUUUUUUUUACUGGUCUCAUUGGCAAUGUUUCAAUAGACAGCAUAAUUCCUUACAUCCUCAAGAUGGAGACAGCAGAAUAUAAUGGCCAGAUCACUGGAGCCAGUCUAUAGUGCACAACCAACAGCUGCCAACAGUGGGAUGCCUCCUAGAACUGUGCAGGUGCAAGGGAAGGGAAGUGUAGCAGUGUCUUGGUGUGCACAGGUGUCUCCAGUGUGUCAGCCACUUCUUCCUGUUCAUCCCAGACAAUAGCAACUAAAGAUGAACUCUUCCCUGCCCUAAGAAAUGUUUUAACACCUUUUGGUGAUGCAGAUUUUGGAACAAUCUUUUAAUUCAAUUUGUAUUUUAAAAUUCUCAAAGGGCAAAAAACAAUACUGAAGUUUUAUAAUGUCAGAGACUAGUAUUAAAAGAACCUAAGAACAGUAUGUGUAAAUACAUUAAAAAAAAAAAGUCCUUGGAAUUAAUAGCUACUAAUUACCAGGGUAAUGUUAGCACUUUCUAAGCACUUCUUAUCAAAUCUGCAAUGUUAACAUCUUACCUGUGGACAGGGCAAAUGGAAAACUGUGUCUCUUUUGUCAAAAUGCUAAUGAUUUCUGUGAAAAUUCACUAGGGUACAGGAGACAAUCGUUCACAUUUGUAAGAGGGCAGCACUUCUAGCUGUGUGCAGUGGUGGUGCUACGCUAAAUUCCUGUGAGUAAAAUGUGGAUUCCUGGCAUUGUGUGCAGGGGAUAUAACUUGCAGUGACCCAAUAAGAGCUGCUAUGCCAGCAGAGAUAGCCUGUCAGGGUCCUUACCCUCAUGGUUGGUCCCAAUCCCUGAUGCCUUUCUGCAGACUCUUCCAGAACAUGGGCUCCACUAAUUUUCAGAAUUAGAUUGCAGCUUGUCAGAAUGCCUGUGAUAAGGGUCCUGUAAUUCUUCCAGUGACUGAAAGUACACCUGGAUCCCUCUACCAACUUGUAGGAACUGGAGCCUUUGACCAGAGUGCAAGGUGGUUGACUGCACCCUUUGACAUGACCUGUUGUCCAGGUUGAGUGUGGCUUCUGCAGUGAGAGUUCCUAUUCCUGGUGCAUGUGGAGAGGGGCCAGUAUCUGAUCAUUCAGAACCUGCAGCUGGGUGGGGGUUGUGUAUCCUCGCUGUCUGGUGAGGGACUGGCCUUAGAUUGUGAAACAAAAGGCAUCAAGAGAAAUACUUUCUGAUCUUUUAAGUAUUAGUGAUUUUAGUGUACUGGGACACGAUGUUCUUCAGUUCUCCCAGGUAUGUGCUAGUCCAACAAAGCUCUCUGGGGCAUUUGAGAUAACAAAAGUAGAUCAUCUUCUCUCUGAAAGAGAAUCCAAAAAUAAUCCUCAGUCAGGGCACAUAGUGCAGGCCUGUAACCCCAGCACUUGGGAGGCUGAGGCACAAGAAUUAUACUUUGAAGGCCAAUCUGCGCAACUUAAUGAGGAAACUCCUGAGUUUUAAAGGAGUUUAAGGGAGUGGGGUAGGGUGGUGACUUAAGUGGUAAUGUGCUUGCCUAGCAUGCACAAGGUCUUGGGUUCCAUCCCCAGUACCAAAAGAAAAAAGAAAAACCUUCAUUCACAAAUUCCCUUACGUUAUAAUGACUAUAGUUUCCAACAAGAAAGAAUACAGAAUUCAGUUCCAAGGAAGUUAGAUCUGACUUAAAGCUCUUUGCAUUCCUAUGGACAGGAGACUGGGAAAAAAAAAAGUGGAAAUAUACUUGGUAUUUGCAUUUAGAUUAGCAGAACUUAAGCAAAAUACCUCCUGUAAGGUUAAGUUUGUACCUGUUUAUGGGCAGGUACAGCCAUGGGGCUCAAGGCUAGAUAGGCUGUUUCCUUUUGAGGAGUUAAUGACACUUUAUUCACUGCUAGUGGGAUUUAAGUACAGAAGUAUCUCUAACUUCUAAAUUCCCAGCUAGAUUUGGAAGCCAGUGUUGGAGAACAGCAGGGAUUGCCAGUAUAAAAUGAUGGAAAGGACAUAAUUUUGCCAGCUUAAAGCUUUUUUUUUUUUUAUGUAUGUAUUCAAAAUUAAGACAAAAGCUCUGGACACCAGUAUAGUUCGAGUCUAUUUUAAUCUCUGUAGAGAUUCCUGUAGUACAUUAAUCAGUACACCUUACAGUGCUGGCUUUGCUUCCCUUAGGGUUUUAGAAUGUGAGCCACUCAGACAGGGCCUGGACAGCCUGGCUCCCAUUUGGUAUUUAGACCACAUAGUUGGAUAAGAAGUACCAGCCUCUAAGAUGACACUGAAGGGGGAAAAAUUUUUUUUUUUUUAAUAUAGAAAAGAGUUGGUGAUUCUAACUCUGGUCCUUUGUAAGUUCCGUCAUUAGUAAUGGCCAAUUGACAGGGCCACUUUGGGCCAAACUCCUUCACUGGUUGUCCAGAUCGUUGUGGCCUUACCUUUAACAAUUGUAUCCAUACAAUGUUCUCAUUAACUGAAAUCAUUUCAAACUUUGAAUGAUGCUCCAUUCCAUGGCUUGUCGAAUGACCUAUGAAGGUCAGCCCCAGUUGCUUCUGGGCUUCAGCUUUCAGGGCUUUCCACCCUUGAUUUAUGAGUCUGUGAUACUCCAAGCCUUAUGAAGCAGGGCUGACCUGUCUAGACACCCCUCUCAGGGAGGUGGACAGACACACUGACCUGGCUACUUUUGCAGAUAGGCUAGGGUGGAGAGAUACACACCAACCCUGGCUAACUAGGCUCUUUUCCAGAAAGGUCUUAAAUGUUGAUAGUUCCAUGUUAAAAUUUGGGAUAAAAUAUGACAGGAGAUGUAGACAGAGACCAAAUUCCUUAAGCAAGUCAUCCUAGUUACUCCUCAAAUGUUACAAUGUGUCGCUGUCCUUCCAGUUUGCAGUGUGUGUUGAAGAGGCUCUUCACUGCCUCUUCUCUUUCUGAGGCUGCAGUUGGGGUUGUGGUGUCUUGAGUUUCUAUAAUGAAAUUCAAGUGAGUCACUUAUGCCCUUGGAAUGGUUUUCUAGUUUGUCAGUGUCAGUAUUAGAUGUGGAUGGUGUUCUGAGGUAGUCAUGGCAUCAAUCAGGGUGGUCAGUAUGGCUUUCAAAUGGAGCAGCAGCAUCCACACUAUAUAAAAUUGUUUUGAAGGGUAGUACUGCUCAUGCAGUUCUCUGGUCAGUAUCCCUAAGAGCUGGACCUAUUGUCUGGGACCUGAUGUCAUGGGGGUCUGGAAGACUGUUGCUGCUUUCCAGUGGCUGGGUGCAGCGGGGCUGUUGGUGCUGCUGAAAUUCUAGAUCCAGGCCUUGAAAAGCAUCACUUGACAGCUGCUUUUUUUUCCCAGGGGGAAGGUCCUGGUAAGACAGAUGCCCACCUCUUUCCUUUGCCUAUCUCCAAUUACGGAGAACCAAUCUCCAGAUUACGGUUCUUUGCAAAAAGUCUUAACUCUUAUGUCAAUUUCUAAAGACAACUCCAAAAUGAGAUGAGGUUGACCUAGGUGUUUUGUACAAGGUUCUGGACCUCCUCAUUGAGUGCCUCCCAUCAGUGUGUACUUUCUGUGCACAACCUGUCCCUUCAGCCACACUGUGCAUGUCCAGAGUUACAGGCCUAGAUGACUGAAUGAAUGUACAUGUGUUCAUAUUAUCUUCUUUGUACAGUGUAUAUAAUGUGUGUACAUAGGUGUACAUUAUGUAUACAGACAUGUAGCCACAUAUUCAAACUUCUAUGUUGUCAAGAGUUGAUGCUAGCGUUGCUAAUGUGAAUAGAUAUUGGGGUUGCAAGGUUCCCUUAACAGGAACGUUGUGCAGGUGAGUUUCUUACCAACUUCAUUUUCCUUAGACAGGGAGCUGCCUGGGCCAGGUGGCACUAAUUCCUGCACAAGGAAGCCUCGAGCCAGAAAAGUCCAGAUAGGAGGGCAGUUCUCUAAAUUUACAAGGGCCCAGAAGCUGCAAGAGAUGUUAGCCUAAUAUCCUAAACUAAGGAUAAACUUCCUUUUCACAAACCAGUUUAGCAUAACUGGAAGGAGCUUGGUGACUGAGACCCUUGGUCUUCUUCAAAGGCUCCAAAGCUGGAGCUUCGUGUGGCUCAGACAUGGGCAUUUGGGAUCCAGGGGCUGCAGCAGUCUCCCUUGUUUACCCUGGGCUCUGUCAGCAAGACAUGGGGGCUCUCUGGUGGUAAAAACAAAAUACCAGUCUACCAAACAUUCUAUGAAAACAGUGCAGAUAGCUAAAAACUGCAAUCAGUAAAUUAUCCUAACUUAGCUACAUUCUGUAGAAGUUGUAUUUAAUAGUACGAAAGCUAAGGCUGACAUUUUCCUCAUCUAGCGGGUCUUUGCUGAUAUUCGUCCCCUAUGAUUGGGAUUUUUGGGCUGAGAUGUGGACUUGGGAGACAGGGCCCAGCUUGGCAGAGACUGCUCGUGGCCACAGUGAGCAGGCAUCUGGCUUGGAUGAAGCCAAGUGCAAAAAUUUGCCUGACCCACAGGUUGCUCUUUGUGUUUUUGAAGUAAAUUACUGGAGUGUUUUAAGAAAUAAUUGUUAAGACUAUAGUCCUCAGUGCCUUUGGUGAGACGUGGGUCUUUUGGCUUCAGCUUCCCACUCGUGUCCCUGGCCUCACCCUUUGUGGUUGUUCAAUCUUGCCUGUGUCAUUGCCUGUUGUGACAAUCACACUAUUAAAAGUGGCUUUCCAAGUAAAACACAGGGAAGCUUGGUAGUCCCUAAAUGAAUCCUUCCAUUUUCUCUUUGGGGGCUAUUGUCUUAGCAGCAACCUAACAGUAAACUUAAAAGUGGCUUAGGAAGGGGAAACCAUCAGACAUUUCUAAUGCUCAGCAAUAUGCACUUUUAGUUAAUUUUCAAUAUUGAUAUUUAUACAUGGAAUGUAGGAAAAUGCUCAAUAUUACCACUCUUAAGUUUUAGUGUUUGGGUAACAUUUGGUGUAGACUGCACAUUAAAAAUAGCCUUUCUUCAGGAAAGUACCAUCAGUUGUCAUCCCAACAGCCUACUCAUUCAUGGACGCUAAUGCUGCUGCACACACAGCUCAAGUGCUGGAAUAUUUUUCUAGUCUGUUUUCCCAAUUAACUUGUAAAUCAGUGUUCAACUAGUUUUAUAACUGAAAAGCUGCACAUUUUUGUCAUAGUACCAACUAGUUUGUACCUGUAGUUUGAAUUUCUCUGUUAAGAUAAAACCUUAUCACCCCCCACCCUCAACUCCCUUUUUAGAGGACAUCUACUAAAAGAAAGUCCAGUGUGGCAUUUUCUUGGGUAAUGACUGGUUGUGUAAUUUCUGCCCUUCACACUGUAGAAAACACCAUGGAUGCCAUUACCUUCUGAUUCCAGGUUAAAAACCUGCAGAGAGCUGCCAUUUUGUACAGCUUUUCUCCCCAUGUAAAUGAGCUAUGUGAUGGCAUUUAAAACCCGCAUGUUCUUUUUAAACUGAAUUUUCUAUCUAAUCAAUGUCUUCAGUCCUGAAGGAGAAUCUGCAUUGUUGUCUGUAUAGAGAGUUGCUGUGCAUGGUUACGAGCGCCUUUUACUAAAUGCUGUUCAAUGUGGCUUUGUUGUUGUGGCUUAAUACUACCUACAUGAGGUUUAUACUAUUAAAGUAAAUUCAAGACUA